CUCUAAAAUGCAAUAAAGAUCUUUUGGAUACAUUGAUAUCGAUAAUUCUGAUAAAAACGAGGCUUGGAUUGGUUCAAAUAAAGAAAAUACCAGAAAUAAUAAGAAAAUAAAGCGAUUAAUGACUACGGAUUUCUCUAAUUUUGAAAAGAUGAAUUUCAAAUAAAUUAAAGAAGAAAAUCCAGAAGAAUUUCGACCUCAAACAUUAAAAGAAAUGGUCAUUUAAGCUAAACUUAGAUUUAUUGAAACCACACCUAAUUCUAUAAUCAGAAGACAAGAAUAAUAAGUAACUAUUAUUUCAAAUCGCUUUAGACUAUACCAUUUUAUAUAAAACAAAGGGAUGAUCAAGUUAAAAAAGUUAAGUCUUUUAAAUCACCAAAUAAAGAAUAGAAUGCUAAAGAGGAAGACUAUCAUUAGAAAGUUUGUAUAUUCUUAAUAGGAGCUUUUUUGGUUAUUUUUUUAAUCCUAAUUGCUACUGAACUGUUCAUAAGAAAGUAUUUAUAAUGA